AUGCACGCCUCGCUCUUCUUCACCGUCCUCGCCGCCGUCGCUCCCUUUGUUGCGGUCGCCGCUCCCGUCUCGAGCGCCGAGGGCCUCUCUACCCUCGAGGCUCGCGCCGUCUACAAGCCAUGCAAGGACACGUCGGUCUGCGGCGACAUGCGCAUCGUCUCCGACUCGCACCACGUCUGCAACAAGGGCGUCUGUGACUGGG